GCGCAGUCUAUGUGCCGCGCGUCUGUGUGUGAGUGUCGCCGCCGUCGUCGACGAGGUUCUCUAUAGUCCGCUGGACCGGAUAACAUGACAAAAAUGGCCGACGGCGUGGACAUCGAUCUGUACGCCGACGAUUUGGAACAAGACUUCGCCCAGGAGGAUUUUGCUGGUAACGACAAUGUAGAUUUGUAUGAUGAUGUCAUAUCUGGGACAAAUGAUAGUGCUCAGACAAGACAACCAGUUGAUAGGCCUCCCAGUGCUAAUAACCAAAAUAGUACUCCAUUAGUCACAAAUGGUUCAUCUACUAACAGCUCCUCCAGUAACAAUUCUACUACAGGACGCCGGUACCAAUUAUACAUCGGUAAUUUAACAUGGUGGACAACUGAUCAAGAUAUAACAGACAGUGUUACAAGCAUAGGUGUCUCAGAUUUCAUUGAGGUUAAAUUUUUUGAAAAUCGUGGAAAUGGCCAAUCUAAAGGUUUUUGUGUCGUUACAUUGGGUUCGGAGCAUAGUUUACGGAUGGUUAUGGAUAGAUUACCAAAAAAGGAGCUCCAUGGACAAUCGCCUGUUGUCACUUUUCCAACUAAGCAAGCCCUUUUACAGUUUGAAUCACAAUCAAAAACUCGACCACUGCCUCCACCAAAUAAUCAGAAUAUGCCAUCUAUGGGUGGUAUGUCUAGAACACCUGGUCAAGUUAUGCAGCAACCCAUGCGUGGGGGUCCUAUGAUGCCACAGCAACCUAUGAUGCAACAACAAGGAAUGAGAAAUAGAAUGCCAAUGCAAGGUAUGCAACAACCCCCUCAAGGCAUGCAGCCACCAAUGGGAAUGACUAAUGGCCAUAGAAUGCCAUUGCAAUCAGGCGGUCCUAUGGGUCCCCAUCAACAAGGUCCACCUCCUCCAGGUUACCAAAACCAGUGGAAUGGACUUAACCAACAAAUGGGCCCCCCAAGACCAGGGAUGCAACCUCAAGGACCAGUGGGUCAGCCUAGAGGACCACCUCCAGGAAUGUUUCCACCGGGUCAAGGUCCACCACGAAUGGGGCCACCACAAGGUCCUCAGGGUCCACCAGGACCUGGGGGUCCACGUGGUGAUUGGAAUCGUCCUCCUGGAAUGGCGCCACAUCAAAUGGCUCCACCGGGCUCAGGUUUUCCACCACAUCAACAAGGCCCUCCAAUGCAAGGUCCUCCGCCUGGCCAAGGACCAGUUCAAAUGAUGCCAGGUGGCCCUGGCCAAGCACCAGCUCCACAUGUCAAUCCGGCAUUCUUCCAACAGCCUAGUGGUGCACCUCAGGGACCCCCAGGUCAUCCAGGAUAUGGUCCCCCUAAUGGACCUUCUUCUCGACCUUACAUGAAUAAUGAUAUGGGAAUGUCUGAACAAGAAUUGGAAGAAAUUAUGAGCAGGAACAGAACUGUGUCUAGUUCUGCUAUCGCUCGAGCUGUUGCUGAUGCUGCUGCUGGUGAAUUCUCUAGUGCUAUUGAAACAUUGGUUACUGCAAUAUCAUUAAUAAAACAAUCUAAAGUCGCUAGUGAUGAGCGCUGUAAAAUAUUAGUGAGUUCUUUGCACGAUACAUUACAUGGAAUUGAAAGCAAGAGUUAUAGUUCAAGAAGAGAGAGGUCUAGAUCACCCCGUGACAGAUUGCAUAGAAGAUCAAGGCGUGAGCGCACUAGAUCCCGUGAACGUGACUAUAGAGAUAGAAGUCGUGAACGUGAUCGUGAUAGGGAAAGAGAUCGUGACAAGUACGUUGACCGUUAUUAUACAACAGAACGAGACGGUGACAGGGAUAGGGAAAGAGAAAGGGAUCGCGAAUACAGAGAGAGAAGUCGAGAAGACAGUUUAUUGUUUAACAGUUCUGUAAAAGCAAGCGGCCGAAAUAGAAAAAUCACUCCGCCCGACGUAACCGAGUCUGUUCCUGUAUCCUCUAAAUCCAGGUAUUAUGAUGAUCGUUAUCGAGAACGUGAACGUGAUAGAGACAGAGAACGUGAUCGGGAACGUGAACGUGAACGAGAGCCGACCUCUAGUAGGAGAGCAGUAGAUGCAGACAGAGAUAUUGAACGUGACCGGGAUCGUAGGGAAGACCGAGCUGAAUCUUCGCAUCGUAGUUCUAGACAUUAAUACAUCUGUGGCGCCGCUGAUCCAUCCAUUUAUAUUAUAUAAAUACAAGUUUGCGCAAGACUGUAUCUUUGAAAUUUAUGUAUCCAUUUUGUAGAUUAUUACAAAUAUCAUGGGACAUAUUUAAUAAUGUAUUUUUAAGAUAUCAAUCUUUUAUUUUUAUUUAUGUGCGGGUGGUUUAAAAUACAUAUUAUUAUCAAUAAUAAUGAACAUUUUAAUGUAAUUUUUUUUCCCUAGUUUUCAGUUUUAAAAAUUUUUUACUUAAAAUGUGUCGUUAUUCUGUCUGUAUCUCACCUUAAUAAUUGUACCCAUAAUUGUUAAGAUUGAUAUUUAAUAAUAGUGCAUUGCGACAGCUUAUGACAUCUGGAUCUUGGAACUCAACACAAUUUAGACUAGAUUAUUUAGGUACCCAAUUUUUGUAUUACACAUUAUUACAUAAUUAUAUAUUAUUUUUUUUUUUAUGCUUAAAUCAUUCUUAAGCAUUUUAUUUUAUUAUGAUAAUGUUUAACAAUAUUUAUCAUACAAAAUCUAUUUAAUACAUUAGUCUAAUAAUAAAACGUAUGUAUUAGAUUUAAGGUGAAUUUUUAUUUUUUCAUUUUCUGCCCUUUGCGUCAUUAUCGUCUCAUCUGUAUAUAUUUUUGUUUUAAUUUUUUUUUUUUUUGACUUGUACUGUUUUGUCAAGACCCUAUACUCAUAUAUAUAUAUUUAUUUAUAUAUAUAUAAACAAAAAUACUAAAACGUGUUUUAACAUUUUAUUACUUUUAUUUGUUUUGAUGAAAUAUAAUUGUAAUCAUUGUGUAUGUAGGUUUAAAUUAUUAUUUUUUAUAAUAUAAUUUCUGAUUUUAAACAGUAAUAAAAAAUGAGAUAAAGUGAAUGAUGAUUGGUUACAACUGUACGUCGUGUAAGUAAAUCUAGUAGAUUUGGUUGUGGCAUCACAUUUAUUGUAGGUAGAUUUACAACUGCUCGGUUCCAAGUACAAUUUUCUUUACUUUGAAAAAUUAUAUCAAGAGGAUAUCAAUUGGAUAGCUGCUAUCCUCGUGUGUUUGAUACUGGGAACACCUUCAUUAAAAUAUGGUUAUGUUGUAAUUGUAAAUACUAUUGUUGUAUGAAAUAAAAAUUAACGAGUUAAUUAUUAA